AACAUUAUUGCAAAGUACAAACAUGCGCACUGCGCACCCCACUUUCUCUCUCCUCUUUCUCUAUUUUCUUCUACUAGUUUAACACUCCCACACUUCACUCACACUCUCCAAAAGAGAAAAAAAAAAAAAAAAAACUCAAAACUUUUCACCAAAUUUGAAGAUCAGAGUCCACUUUCUUCAAAACUAACACCAUUUUUGGUGACCCUUUUGAGUUUUAUUUCAUAUAAAGAAGCUUAUAUUUCAGAAACUGAAGUUAAGUUUUUUUCCACUUAUGGCUGUUGGUGUUCUUCUGUGGUUGUUACUAGCUAAAGGUUUUGUUUUGGAAACUGUAAUAGCUGUCACAUUUUCUUCAAGGAUUAUUCACAGGUUUUCUGAUGAGGCAAAGGUUCAUUUAAGGAACAAUGGUGGUGAAAAUGUUCAAUCAUGGCCUAAGAGGGGUAGUUCUGAGUAUUUCAGGUUGCUAUUGAACAGUGACCUUACACGUCAAAAGAUGAAACUUGGUUCACAGGAUCAAUCUUUUUAUCCUUCUGAGGGAAGUAAAACACUUUCCUUUGGCAAUGACUUUGUUUGGUUGCAUUACACAUGGAUUGAUAUAGGAACUCCAAAUGUUUCAUUUCUAGUUGCAUUGGACACUGGUAGUGAUAUGUUUUGGGUCCCUUGUGAUUGCAUAGAAUGUGCUCCAUUGUCAGCUGCUUUCUACAAUGCGUUGGAUAGGGAUUUAAAUCAGUAUAGCCCAUCACUGUCAAGCUCCAGCAGACAUCUACCUUGCGGUCAUCAGUUGUGUAAUCAAAACUCUAAUUGCAAAGGCUUUAAGGAUCGUUGUCCAUAUAUUAAGGAGUACACAUCAGACAAUACAUCAAGUUCUGGAUUUCUUAUUGAAGACAAACUACAUUUGGCAUCUAAUAAUGCAACAAAGAAUUCCAUACAAGCCUCUGUCAUUCUUGGUUGCGGUAGGAAACAAAGUGGCUACUUUUUAGAAGGGGCUGCUCCUAAUGGUAUGUUGGGGCUAGGACCUGGAAGCAUUUCGGUCCCAGCUUUGCUGGCAAAGGCAGGACUUAUUCGGAAUUCUAUCUCAAUUUGUUUAAAUGAGAAAGGUUCCGGAAGAAUCCUCUUUGGCGAUCAAGGGCAUGCCACCCAACGACGAUCUACUCCAUUCUUGCUUGAUGAUGGGGAAUUACUUAACUAUUUUGUUGGGGUAGAGAGGUUCUGUGUUGGGAGUUUUUGUUACAAGGAAACUGAAUUUAAAGCAUUUAUUGACACUGGAACAUCUUUCACAUAUCUUCCCAAGGGUGUUUAUGAAACAGUUGUUGCAGAGUUUGAAAAACAAGUACAUGCAACCAGGAUUACUUCACAAAUCCAAUCAGAUUUCAACUGCUGCUAUAAUGCCAGUUCACGGGAGUCGAAUAACUUUCCUCCGAUGAAGUUCACUUUCUCUAAGAAUCAAUCUUUUAUAAUUCAAAACCCAUUCAUUUCUAUGGAUCAGGAAGAUACUACCAUUUGUUUGGCUGUAGUCCAAUCUGAUGAUGAACUUAUUACCAUUGGACAAAAUUUCCUGAUGGGCUAUGACAUGGUCUUUGAUAGGGAGAAUCUAAGGUUUGGCUGGUUUAGAUCCAAUUGUCAAGAUAGCAUGGGAGAAUCAGCAAAUUUUACGUCACCGUCCAUAGGUGGAUCACCAGACUCGAUACCAUCCAAUCAGCAGCAGCGUGUCCCCAAUAAUACUCGUUCUGUGCCACCUGCCAUUGCUGGAAAGACAUCCCCCAAACCCUCUGCAGCCAAACCUGGACUUAACUCCUGGCAUUUGUUAAAUUCAUUAUCGCUUAUAUGUCUUCUUUUGUUCUGGUAAUUUUGUUAAAUCUAUUUAAAUUCUAAUCUGCUUGUAAAUUUUAUCUUCUAUCUAAACUGGACUUCUGAGUUUUCUUGUAGGCUGUGUUGUGUGUAUUGGUGUA